AUGCAGAGCACGGUGAUCCACAGCGGUCCUCUGGGCACGGCGCGCACAGGUCUGGGCAGCGCCCACGCUCUCUUCUCAGGGACGCCAGGGUCGUCCCUGCAGCCCUACUCCUUCUCGCACAAUACCUGCCGGCCUCUCUCCCCCGGCCACAAGCAGCUCGUGCAACAGCUCCGACUCUGGGCGCACGGUUUCCCUUUCCUCAUCCGCCCACCCACAGCACCGGAGCCUUUGCUCACAAUCAGCAGCAUCGAUGCGGACAUUGCCUUUGACCUCUGCGUGCAGGUGUGGCACAUAGUAAAGAAGGAUCGAAUGGUGGUGCUCUUCGUCUGGGACGGCACCGACCUCCCGCUCCCGUCGCUUUCUGCGCCGGCAGCACCAAUCCCCUCCAGCCAUUCCCCCCAUCAAGGCCAACCAUUCAGUGCCCCCGACUCCUCCACCACACCAUCCGCGCCCUCCAGCUCAUCCGUACCCCAACCCGCACCCACUAGGCCGCCCACAUCAACUCCUGCUUCAGAAUCGGCGCGCGCCGGGGAGCACCCUCUCUUCGCCAUUGGAGGUCGCCCCGCGCCUCCUCUCUCUGUGCUCCGACGUGUUCCCCCUCUGGGCUCCCUGUUGCCUGUUAUGUGCCACGUGGACGAUCUUCACUGGCUGCUGCACCGUCUGCACCCCUCUGUAGCAAAGGCGUUGGAAGGGGAGGGAGGAGGGGGGCCAGCCAGGGCGGGGCACGAGGGGGAAGGGGGGGGCAGAGGUGAAGGGGGAGAGAGGGGUGGGGAGGGUGAGAGGACAGAGCGAGGCCAGAAUGGGGGCCAGGGAGCGGUAGGGGGAGGGGCAGCAGAGGGGAGUGAGAGCCGACAAGAUGGGGAGGGCGGGGAGGAAGGAGAGGAGGGGAGGGUGGCGGGAGUGUGGCAGCAGGAGGGGGUGGUGCCGUGUUGGCCCCACUCCACCACCUUUGCAUCAAGCUGUCAACGUCCAUCUCUGUCCUCUGCUGUGCCCUCCUCUGUGCCCUCCUCUGUACCCUCCUCUGUGCCCUCCUCUGUGCCCUCCUCUGUACCCUCCUCUGUACCCUCCUCUGUGCCCUCCUCUGUGCCCUCCUCUGAUCCCUCUCCUGCGCCCCACUGUUUGACACCAGGCAUCGCCCGUUCCCUGCAGCCCUACUCCACCCUUCGCCAGAUAUACACCCAUCCUGUGGUGCCGUACCGCUUCCGCUGUGCAGCGAGAGUGAUCUUCGCCUCUGCCAUCCACCCCGCCCGCUUCACUGCCCUCGUCCCGCACAAGCCUCGCUCCCUCUCCUCCACUCCUGCCCCCCCACGCUCCUCCACCUCCAUACCUCCGCGCUCCUCCACUCCUCCAGCUGCUGCAGCCACAUCUGCUGGUGCUGGUGCUAAUGCUGAUGCCUGUACUGGUGGUGAUGCAACGGAGGGGAGGGUGGAUGGAGAAGGGAAGGGGAAACGGAUAGGAGAGGAGGACGUGGAAGGGGUGCGUGGGAAGAAGCGCAAGGGAGUGGUUCAUGCUGACGUGGCAAGGAAGGAUGGUGCUGACGUGGCGAGGCAGGAGGAGGCUGAUGUGUCGCCACAGGAAGACUCUGAGGCUGAUGUGGCAAGGGAAGGAGUGGGGAAGAGGGUGGAAGAGGGGGAAUCAGGUGGUUUGGGGAAAGCAGCAGAGACAGCUGAGACAUCUGAGGGAGUGGGGAGAGCAGCAUCGGGAAAGGAAGGGCCAUCAGGAAAAUCAGGUUCUGGGGUGAAGAGGAAGUGGGCGGCAGGGUUUGUCCUGGUGCUGGAGGAUGCCACAGGGCGGCUACUCGUCCGCCUCGCCUCACCCAAUGCCGAGGUGUUCUUUUCAGCAACAGCAGAGGAGUUGCGCAAGGAUGCAGCGGUGUCUGUGAGGGCAGCUGCAGGCAUGGCUAUGCUGCUGGGUGUGCCCAGAGACCACGGGCAGGAUACAGGAGUUGAGUAUGGACAGCAAGCACAUGCAGGGGUUGAACGGGAUGCUGUGCAUGAGAAUGAAGAUGCACGGGUGGAAAGGGAAGCACGUAGUCCGCCGUCGAUUGACUGUUGUGUGUUCUCGUACCACCAUGUGAGGAAAGGUGGACUGUCGAAAGAGAAGAUGUUCCAGAUCUUCCAGACUCGGUUGUUGACCCAACACGAUGGUGCAUGA